AUGCCGACUGUCGCUGUAGAUAAGGCAGAUCUUUGGGGUAGACUUGGAAAGGAGUACGCAACUCAGGAAUUCGAUGAUCUUUGCUUCGAUUAUGGGCUAGAACUAGACGACGAUACCACUGAGGAAGUAAAUGAGGCAAUAAAGAAAGGUCUUCCGGCAGGGCGUCCGCAAUUAAAAAUUGAAGUUGCCGCAAAUCGAUAUGAUCUUUUAUGCAUAGAAGGUAUCUCUCGAGCCCUGCGCAUUUACCUUGGAAAAGACCCAGCAACGCCGUACAAACUCGUAUACCCUCCGGGAGGAGAGUCGCAACUCGUAACAACCACUAUUGCGCCAGACACCGCAAGAAUUAGACCUUAUUUUGCUGGUGCAAUCCUCCGAAAUAUCAAAUUUACACAACGAUCCUAUGAUUCUUUCAUUGAAUUACAAGACAAGCUUCACCAAAACAUUUGCAGGCGAAGACAACUCGUUUCUAUGGGUACCCAUGACCUGGAUACGCUUGUGCCGCCAAUUAGGUACGAGGCUCGAAAGCCUCACGAUAUCAAGUUCGUUCCGCUCAAUAAGGACAAAGAGUACAACGCGGAAGAACUGAUGACUGUCUACGAGUCAGACAAGCAACUAUCAAAGUAUUUACAUAUUAUCAGAGACUCACCCGUAUACCCUAUCCUUUACGACAAGAAUGACGUCGUACUCUCAAUGCCGCCCAUCAUUAACUCGGAACACACCAAGAUCACGCUGAACACGAGGAAUGUGUUCAUCGAUGUAACCGCGACGGACCAGACGAAAUUGGCGAUUGUCGUAAACAUCUUGUCCACUAUGUUUUCCGAAUACUGUGAAGAGCCAUUCACUAUAGAACCUGUGAAGAUCGUCUAUCCGGAUGGAACGACUAAGAUUACUCCCGACAUAUCUGCAACUCACUUCACUGCGCAUGCAUCGUACAUUAAUUCUUGCAUGGGAGUAUCUUUGUCUGCUCAGGAUAUCAGCAAGCUCCUCGGCAAGAUGUCCUUGUCUGCCUCAGUCUCCAAGAAAGAUGCAGACGUUCUCGGGGUGGACGUUCCUUGCACGCGCCCCGAUAUUCUACAUGAAUGCGAUAUAAUGGAAGACGUGGCUAUCGCAUAUGGCUUCAACAAUCUACCAAAGACAUUCCCUAGUUCGAGCACAGUUGCACAAGCACUGCCUGUAAGCAAAAUCAGCGACCUUGUCCGACAAGAAUGGGCUCAAGCAGGGUGGACCGAGGUGCUACCGUUCAUCCUUUGCUCUCACGAAGAGAACUUCGAGUGGCUAAACCGAGUUGAUGACGGAUCACACGUCGUCAAAAUUGCGAAUCCAAAGACACUCGAGUUCCAGGUCGUUCGCACGUCGUUACUCCCUGGCCUUCUGAAGACAGUACGAGAGAACCGCUCUCAUCCGCUUCCCAUCAAAAUCUUCGAGUCAUCAGAAGUCGUCUUCAAAGAUAAAUCAUUAGAGCGUCAGGCGAAGAACGUGCGUCAUGCAGCGGCAGUGUGGUGUAACAAGACAGCUGGCUUUGAAGUCGUGCACGGCCUGCUUGAUAGACUGAUGCAGAUACUUGAGGUACCAAAGAUUUCUGCAACAGAUUCAAAGGCAACACAUGGUUAUUAUCUGAAGGAGAAACAAGAUCCAACGUUCUUCCCAGGCCGAGCUGCAACUGUCUAUUAUAGAUCAACACCCUCGUCCCCAAGUAUUAAGCACAGCUCUUCGCUUUCAAAAAUUGCAGAUGAGAUCAAGUCAACUUUGACUGGAUCAUCCGACGACAAGCCGAUUGGAGUGUUAGGCAUAUUACAUCCGACCGUACUGGAGAACUUUGAAAUCGGCUUCCCUUGUUCGGCACUUGAGAUAAACCUGGAGCCCUUCAAGAAAGAGGUACAGCCUGUCUGGAUCAACCCGUAACUAGUGAAAUGAUAGAUGAUGUUGUAAAAUUGCCAAGGA